AGCAGGAGCGCAUGAGAUGCCCGAGAAUAUGAGCAAAGAGGACGGGCCGAGUCGGAGCGCAUGUUUCACAUUCACUAUAGACAACAUCUUAAACCUGAAGCAGCGGCAAGACGGGGCGCGUUUGGACGCCUUAAAGGAGCAGAGAGACACUGGGACUAAGAGUGAUUUUCAGAGGAGAUGCGAGGAGGCAUGGGACGUCCCGAAGAAGGAUGACAGCGAGUCAGAUGAGACAGUGAAGCCCACAGUCCAUUCAGCGGAGCGCGGGGAGAGCGCCGCGCCGCUCACCGCUGCCUCCUCUCCGGAGGCGCAAAGAGCGCACGGCCCCGAGCCGCACCAGCAGCAGCAGCAAUCCGCCGCCGACACCAAAGCCGGGGUCAAGAAGAAGACCCGCACCAUCUUCUCCAAGAGGCAGAUCUUCCAGCUGGAGGCCACCUUCGACAUGAAGCGUUACCUGAGCAGCUCGGAGAGGGCGUGCCUCGCCAGCUCGCUGCAGCUCACGGAGACCCAGGUGAAGAUCUGGUUCCAGAACCGCCGCAACAAGCUCAAAAGACAGCUGUCCACGGACAUGGAGGGCCCGCUGGCCGCGGAACACUUCGCCGAGGCGGGGAAAAACUCGCAGCUACCGAGUUUUUACAAAGACAGCAGCUUGCUGGGCGGAUGUUUGUUACCCAUGCCUUUCCCCGUCGUGUAUCCGACCGCGAACGCCGCGCCUUACAUCUACUUCUCCAACUCUGCCAAAUAUUUUGGCCUGUUUGACGGAGACUGAGUGGGUUUGUUGUUGGACACAGGCGACAAUCAUCUGCGAUCAAUUUAUCAUAUUAUUAUUAUUAUUAUUAUUUUUAUCUUUUUUAAUUAGAUCUCCGGCCUGGUUCAAAGGAUUUCUCAUCAACAAGUCCCAAACAUGCAUGUGCCACUUUUUUUUCUUUUCAUUAAUUAUUAUUAUUAUUAUUAUUAUUAUUAUUAAUAUUUUUUUUAAUUAUUAUUAUUGUCAUCGCUGUUGUUGGAGUUCAUCAUCUUCACAGUAAAGGAGCAUGUAUCAAAUCUCAUUUGACCGAAUGUACCAAGUGAUACAUCAGCUUUGUUACCCCGCAGUAAUACUUCACUAUGUGUGUGUGAGAGAGAGAGUGUGUGUGUGUGUGUGUGUGUGUGUGUGUGUGUACGUGUGUGAGCGCGCUUCUGAUUUUGUGUAUUUAUAUAAGGCCUUAUUAUUGUUUGUGUUACAGUUUCUGCUCACUUGACAUUUGAUAAGACUGUUAAACUGUGAACGCAGUUCUAAUCAUGACAAGGAAUUUUGCAAUAAAAAGUGGAAUAUAUGCAAUCCA